AUGGGGAAACUGCAGAGUAAAAUCAGCUUCAACACCACCAAAUACAGGGCCGAGGGCUCCGUGGGACAGACGGGACCUGCUGGUGCCUCCUGGCAGCACAGCCCUGCUCACACUGAUGCUGUCACCUCUGUGGCUGCCCUCAAACCAGACCUGUGCGUGUCAGGAGGAAGGGAUAAGAGUGUGGCUGUGUCCAGCUGGAGGUCUGGGGCUGCCCUGCGCCGCUUCACCGGCCACGAGCGCGAGGUCACCAAGGUCACCUCAGCCCUCGACUCCAGCAGAGUCUUCAGCGCGUCCCGGGACAAGACAGUGCUGAUGUGGGAGCUGCACGGGACUGAGGGGCCAAGGCAGCACUUCCCAGGACAUGACCUGGUUGUUACUGGGCUGGCUGUGAGCCCAGAUGCCUCCCAGCUGUGCACGGGCUCCCGGGACAACACCGUGUGCAAGUGGGACACUGAGACCGGGGAGUGUCUGGGCAGAGCUGCAAUCUCCAGGAACCUGGUCACACACCUGUGCUGGGUUCCUGGGGAGCCUUAUGUCAUCCAGACCUCAGAGGAUAAAACCACCAGGGUGUGGGACAGCCGGGAGCUGCAGGUGGCCCACACGUUCCCAGCCAAGCAGCACAUCCAGACGUGCUGUGACGUGAGCCAGGACGGGCGGUACUGCCUCAGCAGCAGCAGCGGCUCCGGCGGCCACGGCGCCGAGGCCACCCUCUGGGACCUGAGGCAGACCAGGGCCCGGGUGUGUGAGUACAAAGGGCAUUUCCAGACCACCACCUCGUGUGUCUUCCUGCCCCGGGGCCCCACGCUCGCCCCCAGCAUUGCCACAUCCUCCAGCGACAGCACAGUGAAGCUCUGGGACCAAGGCACUGCAGCCUGCCUGGCCACGCUGUGCCUCGAGGGCUCGGGCCCGCUGGCCUCGCUGGCUGCCUGCGACAGCCGCACCCUGCUCUGCGCCAGCUCCAACUCCGGCAUCCACGUGCUGCGAGUGAGGGGCGGAGCGGAGCCCAGCCUGGAGGAGGUGGCGGCGUUCUGA